UUUUAUUUUACUUUGGCUGACCGACUUGCCCACCUGCACUUUUUGCCCCAUAGAACUCGCCUCGUGUCUCUACCGACGACGUGGUCGGCUUCGCUUUGACGACUUUGUCUCGAUUCAUCGCCUUUAUCCCUCGCUGUCCCCCCCUUUAUUCAGCCACAACUGGUCCGUCGCACUGUCAUUGACCAUCACAUCAGCUGCCGCACAUCGCCAUGUCCUUCUCCUCCCUCGUUCAAGAUAUCGCCUUCCGCGACUCAACGUCGCAAACCAAUCCACGGACAAGUGCCAGCAACAUCAGUAUCAAUGACACCCAGUCUACCAUCUCCCGGCCAUCACAGGCUCGGUCAUACACCUCCACCGCAGCUACCAGCGUGAGCAUCGCGGGCGACAUCUCCAGUCAACUGCACGCCGGGUACAGUCAUCCCCUUUCAAGAGCAUGGCAAGCUGAGAGACAGUUGACAAAGUCAAUGCUUAUCUACCCUCUCUUCAUAACCGACAACCCCGACGAAGUGACUCCUAUUCCUUCUCUGCCGAACCAAAAUCGCCUGGGUCUCAACAAACUCGUCCCUUUCCUCGCGCCCCUUGUGCAAAAAGGCCUGCGCUCCGUUAUUCUCUUUGGCGUUCCUCUCGCUCCCGAUGCAAAAGAUGCUCUAGGCACAGCAGCCGACGAUCCCGAAGGCCCCGUCAUAAAAGGCAUCCAACUCAUUCGUCGGCACUUCCCUCAGUUGUUUGUGGUUGCGGAUGUUUGUCUCUGUGAGUACACUUCUCACGGCCACUGCGGGAUUCUCCGAGAUGACGGGUCCUUGAACAACGCCAUGAGCGUUGAACGCAUUUCCGACGUCGCAAUGGCGUAUGCUCAUGCUGGCGCUCACUGCGUGGCGCCUUCCGACAUGAACGACGGACGCAUUCGCGCCAUCAAACUCAAGCUCAUUGAGUCCGGACUGUCGCAUCAAGUCAACCUGAUGAGUUAUGCAGCCAAGUUCUCCGGUUGCUUGUAUGGGCCAUUCAGAGACGCAGCCGGAUCGUGCCCGAGCUUCGGCGAUCGGAAAUGCUACCAGCUGCCUCCUGGCGGCCGAGGACUUGCUCGUCGCGCUAUCGCACGAGAUAUCCAGGAAGGUGCCGAUAUUAUCAUGGUGAAACCCGCCUCGUCCUUCCUGGAUAUUAUCUCAGACGCCAAGGAAAUCGCAAAGGAUAUGCCCAUUGCUGCGUACCAGGUGAGUGGAGAGUAUGCCAUGAUCCAUGCCGGGGCCAAGGCUGGCGUGUUUGAUCUGAAGACCAUGGCCUUCGAAAGCACCGAAGGCAUUUUACGAGCCGGGGCAGGGAUCGUGGUGAGCUAUUUCACACCGGAGUUUUUGGAUUGGUUAAGCUCCUAAAUCUGUACGAGAAGAUGAAGAGAGAUGCAUGGAGCAGGGGGAAGAGAUACGUUGCCUGGGACUUACGGGUGAUAUUCUGUGAUGUGAUCAUGAGGAAAUCGCCCUCAUGAGUGGGAAUGAUUUGAAGAGAUGAAGCAAAUGCAUGAUUUAUGAGAUUGUGCCUCCCCAACAACCGGCCUGGCGGUGCGUAUUCGAAGCUGACAUCGACACUAAGUUACACGUUACACCAAGGCAGAGGGGAGAUGAGGAGAGCAGGAGAAAAUAGAAAGAGGCGGAAAAGCAAAAAGACAAGGAGAAAAGUCAAACCAAUGAAUCUCAAACAAGUGUUUCCUAGAGCGAAUACCAUCAUUGCAUCUUCCAGCGUCCUGCUCACGUACUCGUAUUUGCCUCAGCGUGGUACAGAGACCUGGGUAGCACAAAGAUACAAACAUACAUGUACACCCGUGGUGCUAGUAUGAGAUUUAUGUGCACGGGUAUCUCGCCUCCGCUCACCACAGAAAUAUAUACACAACUCAACCUA